GCAGCAUUUCUCGGCAGGGUGCUAUGAGCCUAACACCCAAAUUUCCUGCCACCACAAGAAGGACCAGACACUUGUUAAGUAGUAUAUUUAAUAUAUUUGGAUGUGGAGGUGCUGAUCUCAAGGCUUCGUGGGUUUGGCGAUGAAAGCUGAGCCGAAGAGUGCAUCUGACAGAUCUUCUAUUUUCAAUGGUCUCCAUGCAGGAGCAGCCUCCAUCAACCUGGAAGAUGAAGACGAAACUGUGGGAACGACGCCUGUAGGAGGCCGCUCGGUCUCCCAGAGCUCAAUCCUUGUUUUGCCGAAUGAGCUGGAGGACUGUGCAGAACAGCUGAGAGGAUUCGCCUCGACAUAUUUCCUUUGUGAGCGAAGCAUGCCUUUGGCUGCUCGCACUGCUGACCGCCUUUGGAAACUCUCUCAGCUCGACCCCUGCCCCAAGCUUUUGGCUUCAGAUGUGGCUGAGAUGAGUUGCCGGAAGCUCUUGAACAUAGCCAAAGAUAGUUUUGAGCUCUUUUGGCAGCCUCAAAACUACGAACAAUUUGCUCAUGAUGACCCUUCUAGUUUGCGCUGCCUUCGAGGCAAGGAGCCGGGCCCAUUACUGUGCGUCCGCUACAUUGGCCGUCGCGACAAACGCACACAACGCGUCCGACCCUCUGACAUUGUCAGGUGCGAGCUGCAGUGCCGAAGGCGCUUGUUAGAGUUGCUGGGGCCAGAAAGCAAGGAAGCUGCCAGUGGAGUUGCCAGUGGCCCUGCGGACACGAAUACUUUGGUGAUAGCUCCAGUGGAGAUCCCUGCACUUUCAGAGCCAAAAGCUGGCCCAGCAGCAAGGGCGGCACGGGCACAAGCAGCGUUGGAUCGAAUCCCAAACGUGUCGCGUGAUCCUUCAACUAUGGAGACGUUUGGUGGCAUGGAUUUGGUGGAUGCUUUGAAGGAAGAGCCGUGGUAUCGUGGCCAGGUGGUUCAUGUGAAUCAGACCGGUGCACGAAAAGCUAUCUUUUUGGAACCCAAGGUGGCUCUUCAGCCUGUUCUCAAAGAGGUCUUGAACCGGUCCCUGUUGAGCGGCUCUUCAAGCUCUUCAGCAUCACAGAGUGGCGUUUUGAAACUCUACAGCCAUCAAGCUGAAGCCAUUGAUGCCAUUCUGUUGGAACGGCGGGAUGUGAUUGUGAGCACUUCCACUGGCAGUGGCAAGUCGUUGAUUUAUAUGAUCGCCAUUUUUGAAGCGCUACUCAAAGAAGAAGAUGCCACGGCCAUUCUGAUCUUUCCCACAAAGGCCUUGGCACAGGACCAACUAAGAGCCUUGACAGAUGUCGCAGAUGCUUUGAUCCAACUGGGGGUGCCAAAAGAGAAGCUGACCUUCGCCACAUUGGAUGGAGACACACCGCAAAAGGAACGACAGAAGAUCCGAAGAGAGACACGGGUCGUUUUGACGAAUCCAGACAUGCUACACAGCCACGUGUUGCUGCAGCAUGUGGAGUACGCCCAUUUGCUGCACAACGCUCGCUAUGUCGUCUUGGACGAGGCCCACGUGUAUCGGGGAGCUUUUGGCGCUCAUGUUUGCAGCGUCAUGCGAAGGCUCAGGCGCCUGGUGGAACCGAAGUCCUUGCAAUUUAUUGCCUGCUCAGCAACAGUUGCUAAUCCUGGAGAGCACCUUCAACGUCUCCUUGGGCAAGAGCCGCAAGUGGUCUCCAAGGAUGGUUCACCCAGUGGCGGGCACAUCUACGUCAUGUGGGACCCGUUUUGUGGCCAAGCUCAAGUGCCUCAAAGCAAUCCCCCGGCCAAACGGCUGAAGGUUGACGAGGACGCAAACGUUUGUGCAGCAGUCGAUGGAGAGGAGGAGAUGCUUACUUCAGCCCCGCAGCUUGCAGCGUCGCCAAUCGUGGAAGUGACACGGCUGCUAGCUUGGCUCGUUUCCCGCAACGUGUCAUGCUUGGCAUUUUGCAAGUGGCGCAGUUUGGUGGAGAUUGUGCUUCAAGACGUGAAGGACGCCCUGAGCCAAAGCGAGGCGCCCGAGUUGAGCAAGCGAGUGGUCUCAUAUCGUGGAGGGUACCCACCACACCUCCGGCGUCAACUGGAGCAAGACAUUUUCCGCCGGAAAGUCUUGGGUGUAGCUUGCACAAAUGCUUUAGAGCUUGGCAUUGACAUUGGCAGGCUGGACUGUACCCUGUCCUUCGGCUUCCCGGGCUCGGUGGCCUCCUUGCGGCAGCAGUUCGGCCGUGCUGGGCGCAACGGGCGCUUGGGCAUCUCCUUCUACGUGGCCUUUGAAGACCCUACAGACCAGCAUUUCGUGCGAAGACCACGUGAGUUGUUGGCCCGGCGACCUGAAGCCGUGGCCGUGUGGCCAUCCAACGCCGCAGUUCUCCAAGCACAACUGCCUUGUGCAGCGGCUGAGCGACCUUUGGAGGAGGCUGACCAAAGGUAUUGGGAGUCUUUGGAUGAUGCGGGUCGUGAUCCUUGGAAGACCGCCGUGCAGAAAUGUCUCACCAAUGGCACUUUGGAGCUCAGUCAGCAGCAACUGGUGCCUGGGCGGCAAUGCAACGCACGUCCUGGUGGUCCACAUCGUGCAGUGAGCAUCCGAGCUGUGGAGAACCACUUCGAAGUGCUGGAAGAAGUCGAAGCUGGCGGCGGCUUCGAAGAUGGCGGGUUUCUAUCGCAGCCCAGGCAUGAAGGGCGCACUUUUCGCAAAUUGGACGAGAUUGAAGUCUCCAAGGCCUUCUAUUACCUGCAUCCCGGCGCCGUAUACCGCUACAGGGGCAAUGAAUAUUUUGUUUUGGAGCUCGAUGUUGUGAGGCGCAAGGCCACUGUGAAGAAAAGCGAGGUACCUCUUGCAUAUUACACAAGGGCUUUUGAUUCCACGCAGGUGCGAAUUUUGACCCGUGAAAAAGAGGCCAUGUCAGGGAAGGCCAAGAUUUAUUGUGGGGAGAUGGAAUUGGAGAGCCGUGUGAAGAGUUUCAAGAGGUUCUGGAAGUCCCGGGACGUGCCACAGGAAGCGGAAGUUGAGGUGAGUUUACCCAGCUGGGGGUACACUUCUCGUGGUUUGUGGUUCGAAGAUCCGCUGGGUGUGGCAAGGAGGCCGGGGCUCUUGGCUCCAAAGCAGCAAGAAGAAUGGACCUGGGGUGGUGGCUGGGCUGGCGCACACGCUGCCAUGCAUGCUCUUCUUCGCGUGGUGCCCUUGUUUGUAUUGGCUGAUCGGCAGGACUUAGAUGCAGCAUGCGUUGAUGAGCAUGGCUUGCCGCCAAUGGACCAUCCGAGACUCAUGAUUUUUGAUGCCAAAGAUGGUGGCCUGGGCUUGUGCGAUGCCGCUUUUCUACAUGGUUUCGCGUUGUUGCGUGAGGCUAGACGUUUGGUGGAAGAUUGCCCUUGUGAGGAUGACCGUGGAUGCGUGAAUUGCAUUAUCGAUGCACAUUGCCGAGAAUACAAUCGGCUCUUGUCGAAACGUGGAGCCUUAGAAUGGCUCCGAAGCUUAGAGUUUGGAGAGGCCACCGGAAGUACCGAAGAAAAAGCAACACCGAACAUGGAAAAGCUUCACGCCUUAGAUUGUUUGGCAUGUGUGCCAUGA